GCACCCGGAAGACGCGAUCUGGAAGGAAAGGAAGGGGAGGAAGGGGUGGACAGGGGUUUCCACAUUCUCUGUGAGUCGAUCGGCCCGGGCACCUGCACCCACCAUGGCGUCUGGUUGCAAAAUCGGUCCGUCUAUCCUCAACAGCGACUUGGCCUGCCUGGGGGCCGAAUGCGCCCGUAUGCUGGAUUCUGGGGCUGACUAUCUGCACCUGGAUGUAAUGGACGGGCAUUUUGUUCCCAAUAUCACCUUUGGUCACCCUGUGGUAGAAAGCCUUCGAAAGCAGUUAGGUCAAGACCCUUUCUUUGACAUGCAUAUGAUGGUUUCUAGACCAGAACAGUGGGUAAAGCCAAUGGCUGUUGCUGGAGCAAAUCAAUAUACCUUUCACCUGGAAGCUACAGAGAACCCCGGAGCACUGAUUAAAGAUAUUCGAGAGAAUGGCAUGAAGGUUGGUCUUGCUAUUAAACCUGGCACUACUGUUGAGUAUUUGGCACCAUGGGCCAAUCAGAUAGAUAUGGCCUUAGUCAUGACAGUGGAACCUGGGUUUGGAGGGCAGAAGUUCAUGGAAGAUAUGAUGCCAAAGGUUCAUUGGUUGAGGACCCAGUUCCCUUCUCUGGAUAUUGAAGUAGAUGGUGGAGUAGGUCCUGACACAAUUCACAAAUGUGCAGAGGCAGGGGCUAAUAUGAUUGUUUCUGGUAGUGCCAUCAUGAGGAGUGAAGACCCCAGAUCUGUCAUUAAUCUCUUGAGAAAUGUUUGUUCAGAAGCUGCUCAGAAACGCUCUCUGGAUAGAUGAGAUUUCCAGACAGCUUUACUCCUCGUGCCCAGUCCACCUCCUUCUAGACCAGCUUAUUCAGCCUCAUUUUCACUGGUGCACAAGAACACAAGCUCAAGACUCAGGCCAUUGCUGCUGUUGGGGAGGUGAUUACCAGUGUCUAUCCUGAGAAGUUUGUCUUCAUUUUGUUGACUUCAACAUAAACACAAAUAUGCUGAGAAUGGAAAUGGCUCCAUACAUGACGACUACUAGGUUUUUUAAAGAGUUAAGAAUUAAGUUUUCAUGUGGCCAAAAACAAAACAAAACAAAAACCCACAUUGUUUUUACUGGAAGACUUGGUUUUUAUAAAAGGAAUAUAUUAUGAUGCCUUGUCCUGAGGUUAAAAAGCCAAAUUGCCUCUCAAAAGCAGAAGAAAAAAACCCCAGCAGCUGCUUAUUUAAAAAAGGACUCAAAUGGAUAAUACUGCUACUCUUAAGAGAACUGCAUCAUUAUAAAAAGGUUUGCAUUGCUUAUUAGCAUUCUUUAGGGGAAAAAAAAAAGAUGUCCUUUUGUUAUCAUCAGUUGAUUUUUUUCCAUAUCCAAUUUGUUUAUAUGAAUCAAUCACUGGGCUUGAUUUCUUGGGAGAAAGAUCCAAACUCCAUGCUGUGAGUAGAAUGAGAUUGAUUCCUUUUAGUUUAUCUCUUCCCACUCCCUCUCAGCCAUUCCCUUUAUGCUUCUCUUGACCAUAUUUUCACGUGACUAACCACCUACUUAUUCUCCUAGUAGACCAAAUUACACAAACCAUUCCCCUUUCUUCACUUUCCGCAAUAACCUACUUUGGAACUAAACUAAGAUGACCGAGGAUAAUAAUGUUUACAAGAGUUUAUUUUUUAUACAUUUAAAAAAAUUUUAUUUCUGGCUGUUUCAUGCCUAUUGCAAAAUGUGUUCAAUACUUGUUCAAAGUGUCGAACUGUCUCUUUCCAGAUCAAAGGUUCAGAAAUACCCUCAGAGGGUCCUUCGAGUAGCUGGGUCCAGAAAUACAGGAGUCAGACAAGUCUUUCUUGAUGACUGUCCUCAACUAAUCACAAAGAAAAAACUGGUGGGGACUAUUCCAAAUGACUUUAAUCACCACUUGUUGUUGGUUAUACUAGUGCCAACUUGGAUAAGAAAUAAUUUCAUCUAUCUAUGAAUCUAGAAUAUCAAAUCUUGCAGACACUCAGGUACUAAUUGCAUCCUGAAUUUGAUUCAAUUCAUCUAAUACUCUUAAAAGAAGCAGAAUAGUUAUUGUCUCCAUUUUACAGCUGAGGAAAAGCUGUAACUCAGAGAGUUAAGCUAUUAGACAGUGGUACCUGUGCAGGGAUUUGGAGUCAGCACUUGGAUUUGACUUACAUUAUUCCGUAUGAUGUUGACAGGAACUCCAAGUCCUCUUCUGGGAUCUCACAGCCCUAAAUGCAUGAAGUUUGAUCUUACAAGAGUAUGUCCGACACCUUUAUUUUUUUCACUUCUAGUGGUGGUGGGUGGUAAAGAUUCUGUGAUCCACCAAAGCUUUAGUUUUUAACUACUGUGCUUAAUCAGAUAUGUAGAUAAUAACUGUAAUGACUGCUUCAAAAAAAUGGGAGCAAAAGAAUUUUAAUUAACCUCAGGUUGAAGUUAAAUUUUAUGUCAUUGAUUGAGGUAUAUUUACUGUAAACAUGUUGUUUGUUGAUUGAAUGAAUACUGUGUGGUGGGGCCUAGGCUUAAAGCAUUUAAAGUAUGUAGUUUUUUUUUUUUUGCUUUUUAAAAUAGGACUUUUUUAUCUUGCUUUGUGUUUUGGAAAGCAGGAAAUGGAAAGUUUUGAAGUAACAGAAUUUCACAAAGGAAACCAUUGAAAAUUAAAUUGUACUACCAAGCUAUGUUGCUUUUUUGAAAUUUUUUCCUUGAUACUUUAUAUAUCUGAUGAAAGAGUGAUUAGUAUUGAUCGUUUUAGUAUUUUAAUCACAUUCACACUACAAAAGACAUAUAGAAAUAACUUUAAUUAAAAAACUUACAUAGAAGAUCAUGGUAUCAGACAUGACAGCAAGAUUCAAGUUUAAUUUUCUGGACAAACUUUGUGUUUGUGAGGCUUUUGUUUUUGUUUUUCUUUAAAAAUAAAUGUACAGUGAAACCACAA